UAUUUUACGGCAGCAUGGCAAACUUGCAGCAUGAGGAAGAUGAUCCAAAGCAUGCAAAAAUGUCAACAGAAAUAUCUACAUCAGCGCAGUCAGCUCCUUUGAACUAUACACCCAGGUCGUUUAAAGACGCAACCGAUAUAACUUGUUUGAUACCAUCUUUCGCAGAUGCCUGUAAACUUGUUAAUACCCCAUACUCUUGCCUGGUGCUCGACACACACAGAAGGCACGUUGCCCUGCCACCUAUGUAUUUGAAAAAGAAGAAGACGGGGAUCCAGGAGGAACUAAACGCAGAGCUUCUGAAGUAUUCAGAAAAGUUGAAGGGAGUGCCUCUUGCUUAUGACAACAUAAAGUUAUUGGGACACCAUGGGGACAUAUUCGACGACCAAGGAUACAUUCACUUGAACAUCGAAGCUUCGUUUGUCGUCUUUAAACCCAAGAAAGGUCAAAAGCUUGAGGGAGUGAUCAACAAGAUAGGCCUGACCCAUGUGGGCUGCUUGGUGCAUAGCUGUUUCAAUGCCUCCAUCCUGAAGCCCAAAGACAUGACCUCAGAGGUGUGGCGAGACUCUGGCCUGGCCAUUGGAGGAAGUCUGGAGUUCGAGGUGUUCCAGUUGGACGCCGAUGCGGCGGGGGUCCUUCUCAUUCGGGGCAGACUCCAUAAGUCCUGGUAUGAGGAGCAGCUAAAGCAAGCUGAAGCUGCCACAGAUGAUGCAACAGCAGAACUCACGACGCCAGCUGACUACACCGGCACCGACGCUGCAUCGGAUGGGGUACAAACCCAGAAGAAGAAGAAGAAGAAAGACAAAAGCAAAGACAAAGAGGCACAACAGGACUCUAUUGUGGAGGGCAAUCAGCUGGACAGCAGUGUUGACGCAGAGCUCGCUGACCUGAACUCAAACGGUCAUGUUGAGGAGGAGGAGAAGAAGAAGAAAAAGAAGAAGAAGAAGAAGGACAAGAGUCGGGAGAUGGAGGUGGAUGAGGCGGUGCCCGUCACAGAACUUCCUGGUAGUGACUCCAGUGGUUACCUUAGUGACAAAAGCAACAGGAAAAGGAAAGAGUCUGAUGACGCCAAUGACAUUAAUGGUGCUUUAGAAAAGCCUGUCGCUAAAAAGAAAAAGAACAAGUGAGAACAUUUUUUAAUGGAGAUGAAUUUGCCAACUGUCACAACAUUUUAGUGGUGCACUCAUUUUGAAAUUGUCCUUCAAACUAAUGAAACAAGUGCCUCAUAAAUAUUGAAUCAUAUGAAAUAAAGUAUUUUCCCUACUUUGAGAUUACAUGUGAUUACAAGGGUUUACCAAUAGGGGGCAGUGUGAUGUUUUGUUUUGAUUGACCACUCUCAGGCUCUUGUUGAGCUCUGCCAGGGCAAUUAAGCUUCCUGCAGCCACAGGCACACAACCUACCCCAGCCCUGGAGAGAAAAAUACUUGACGGACAGCUAUUUAACGCCAACCACAGCUUUGUCAUGUGUAUGACUGAACUCAGACUUGAAGUACCACUGUAAAAGGAGUGAUGUAAUCUACCUACUCUCUCUCAUUCUGGGGGGGGGGGGGGCAGAGUUUCUGCUGGAUCAACACUGAGAAAGUGGCAUAUGCUUUCGUUGCGAUUGAAGAAUGUG